AUGAACAGAUUUUCGACUCGAACGAAUUUAUACCGUUUACGUUCUGCCGGAUUUUCCAUUUUUCAUCAACAAGUUUAUAGAAAAUUACCAGUACUUGCAACUUCAUUAUCCAAAAUCAAGAUCAUUUCUUCUCAAAGUCUUUAUUCUACAACAGCCGGUCUUUCUCGUAGCAAUAUCGAGGCUAGGAUCAUGGAAAUUCUUAAAUCUUUUGAUAAAGUAGAUUCAACAAAGGUAACCCCCGAAGCACGCUUCGCCGAUGAUCUCGGAUUGGAUAGCCUGGACACUGUUGAAGUUGUCAUGAAUAUUGAAGAAGAUUUCUCAAUCGAAAUCCCUGAUAAAGAGGCAGAUGAGAUCCGAUCAAUCAAAGAUGCU